AUGUUAACAAUUACAUUCCUAUUGCCAAUUAUAAUAAUUGCUGCGGGUCAAGAAGCUCCCGUUCGUCAUGGUUCCUAUCGGUUGUGUUUAUAUAAACAAGUGGAUUUUGAAAAAUGUCUCAAUACCGUCGAAGUUGCGAAGAAAAAUUCCAUUAAUUUGGAAUUGGAAUGUGUCCGCAAACAGGAUCGUGGUGAAUGUAUUGAAGCGGUACGUUAUGGCUCUUGUGAGAUUACCGUAUUAACUGAUCAUGGUUAUCGUGAGGCGAGAAAGCAACAUUUGCGGCCGAUUAUUUUUGCCCGAGAGGAUAAUAGUAGUUUGUCUAUAGCUGUGGUACCGAGAGAUAUUACAAUCGUUGAUUUGGAGAGGGCGCCAAUCAAUGUAAAUCAAUCCAAUCAUCGGGCUUUCCAUGCUGCUGCAUUUUUCAACCUUAAGCGAGGACAUGAUAUUUGUGGUUUUAUGAAAACCUCUUUGGGGCCUUAUAUUCGUAUCGAAGAUUCUGCCAAUUAUCAACCAAAUGAAAAUGAAAUUUUAAUUUGUCCAAAUCGUCUGACAGCCGAAUUUGAUGACUAUGUAAAUUGUAAUGUCGAAGCCGGAUUACAAAGGGCCAUAUUUGCCAAACAGCACAUUCGUCGAUCCGAUAUUCAUCGAAUUCAACAAAAAUUUGAAAUAAUUUUAAAAGAAUUCAAUGCCAAAUCAUCAGCAUUUAAUUUCUUUGCAAGCUAUUCGGGUAGUGAUAAUGCGAUUUUCAAGAAUAAUACAAUUGCAUUUGAUUUGCGUCCGACCUAUCGCAACGGUGUCAAUGAGAGGGUAUUUAAUAAACUACAUUGUGAUACCGAUCAUCAGGAACAUGAUCCAAGAAUUAUAGAAUAA